AAGCAUUUUCGUAGGAGAAGCUGCGGAAAUUUCCCGUGAGGCUCUCCAGCACCUUCUUCUACCUUUCAAAGCCGGCCGUAACGUGAUGGAUUCAAACUUCAUAUGCCUUAUAUAUAGAACCGGCCCUCCAUCGGUUCUUCAAACCAUUCCAACAAGGCAGAUCAUAGCCUUUUCGUCUCAUAACAAAAUACCAAUUUGAGUCCGAUAGAGGGACACCGGAAUUUUAACUUUACAUCGCUUUGCAGAAUUUCUGUAGCCAUGGUUACCGGCCAACUUGAUUGCUUGAUUCAAUUCGACAGGUUAAAUUGUCAGGAUGAUGCUACCUCCAGUUCUAAUCCCUUAUUUGGUCUGUUAGACCUUUUUCUUUUGGGUACAGUUUUCACCAAAAUAAAGAGUUAUUUCCCAAAGUUUUGGUUUUUCCUUCUGUCCCAAAAACAUGUCUCAGAUUCUGAGUUGAGCCACCAAGAGAAUUCGGUUCCUGGAAUCAGAGAGGACGGGGCUCUUGGUAGGGACGAAGUGAAAAUGGUGAUGGAAAAAUUAGGGCUUUUUUGCAGCUCAGAAAGUGAGGAACUUGAGGCUAAAUAUAGUUUGGGCGAAGUUUCUGAUGCGUUUGAAGAGGAGGAGCCAAGCCUCGAAGAGGUGAAGCAAGCAUUUGACGUGUUUGAUGUGAACAAAGAUGGCUUUAUUGAUGAAAGGGAGUUGCAGAGAGUUCUGUGUGCUCUGGGUUUCACCGGAGCUGCAACACAACGAGAGAACUGCCAGAAAAUGAUCAGGAACUUCGAUGAGAAUGGAGAUGGAAGAAUAGAUUUCAGGGAAUUUGUAAAAAUCAUGGAGAACAGUUUCUGCUGAUUUGUUCUUCCUUGGUUUAAACAUCUAUUAAAUAUCAGUCAUUGAUCCAACCAAUUUUUAUUUUCGCUGUCUGUGUGAGACCUCAUCCGUUAAACGGAAUCCCAUAUUUAUGAUGAAGGCUCAGAGCCCACACACUCCGCAAUUCAAUAAUAAUAGAUAUGUUAUCUUAACAAAACAACCCCACUGAAGGAAUCAAUAUCUUACCCGGUAUUAAAUUGAUGUGUAGAUACAAUAUUUGAUUUUGA